GCUCGUAAAUCGUAAGGUAGCGAGAGUCUGCCUCACAGUUUAGAUUGAGAGCGCGAGCGCGCCAACGUCGUCGAACGAACAUUUUUACGCGCUCUUCGGGAGAUUGGCGUGAAAAUGCAUGAUAAACAUCACUAAUUCAGACUAAGAAAAUAAAAAUAGUGUUAAACAGUUUACGAACAGUUCUUUGCUGACAAAUUAAUAUUUGUUUUGUAUAAGGAGUGAAUAUUCUAAAUAAGUUGGUGAACUGUUAAAAACAUGGCACUCACAGCAGUGAUUCUUCUCAUGAUCAUCACGACCGUGGUGGGCCGCGAGGACGUGUUGGCGUCCACGGCCACCCGCGACGUUCACUGCGGCCGGCGCCUCGUGUCGGGGCUCUUCUCCCGGCCGCGCCUGCCACUGGGCUACUCCUACGUGACGACCGUCCCGAGCGGUGCCUGCAGACUUAACGUCUCAGAAAUCGUAGCCAGCGAGAAUUACAUAGCACUAAGGGUAUCUAACGGCACAUACAUUAUGAAUGGAGAAUUUGCCGUAAGCGCUCCAGGCACAUACGAAGCUGCUGGCGCUCGAUUUUUGUACACUCGAUCUGCCGGUCUCGAUAAAAUAUUUGCUAUGGGACCUAUUCAGCGUUCUAUCGACAUAAUGGUCCUAUAUACGCAACCAAAUCCGAACAUAAAAUACGAAUACCUUACUGAUUCACUGCCAGAUGAAACAAGUAAUGAUAUUCCUACAGUGGACGAUGUACCUGAGCCACCUCAUCAUCAAACGCAAAGGCAUCAUCGACACCACAACGCCGAAUCUCACACGAGAGUAUUAGACAAAUCUGGCCCUUCAUUAUCGAAACAACCAGAAGCCAACUCCGUUGAAAAUCAGUAUCAGUUAGACACUAAUGUUGUAGGCGAUAGGAAGUUUGUGUGGAAAAUUUUAUCCUACACGCAAUGUUCUAGAACUUGCGGUGGGGGGCUCCAAAUCGGAAAGUUUAAAUGUGUAGAGCUAGAAAGUAAAGAGGAUCGUGAAGUGUCUCCAGCUCAUUGCAAUGGAUCACCGCCACCUUCUAAACGUAGACGGUGCGGAGUUGCCCCUUGUCCUCCUAGGUGGCGAGCAGCUGCUUGGGGACCAUGUCCAGUAUGUGGUCCAGCUCACCGUACAAGAAUUGUUGGAUGCGUCCAAGACCAUGCUCGAGGCAUUACUAAGAUAAGCGACCAAAAGUGCCCAUUACCUAUGCCAUCAAGUAAAGAACUUUGCAAUAUUCCUAAUUGUGAUGGACAAACUGCAGCUGAAAGCUCACCGAGACUUGAUGCGAGACGACAAGUUCGACUAAAUGACCGAAUAGAUACAUUCCGUGAGGGACCAGUGAUAUCACUCGCCACUAACAUAACAGAUAACGAAAUAAAACACACACAAGAACCCAAAUAUAGCUUUAGUGCUGCUGGUGGUUGGCUUUACACAGAAUGGUCUGAGUGUGUAGGUUGGUGUGUUGGAGGUGGAAUACAGUCACGUGGUGUUAGAUGCGCGGAACCUGAUGGAUGUUCAGCUCAUCGUGCACCUCAUGCUUCUCAAACUUGCACACCGAAAAAACAAUGUGACGCACAAUGGUUUACUGGUGACUGGUCGCCAUGCUCAGCUGCUUGUGAUGGACAUCAGGUUCGAGGAGUAAUUUGCAUAGGCGGUAAUGGAAGACGACUUCGCGAUAAUUUAUGUAAAGCACCCAAACCUGAAUCAGAGAGAGAGUGCGGGGACAAAUGUGCACCUUCGUGGUACCUUAGUGAUUGGAGUGAGUGCUCCGGUCCAUGUGAAGCGGGCAUACAAACGCGGACGGUGUGGUGCGCGCGAGGCGGUACGGGUGGCGCGGGUGGCGCGGCGCGGGACUCAGACUGCGCGGGCGUGCGUCCACCCGCGCGCCGUACUUGCGUCCCUGCGAGAUGCACCACGCGAGCUGUUGUCAAACCCGCUGUUGUGGCUUCAGAUCCGCAGCAACGCGUGACAAGACACCAAAGCCAAAAUACACAAAAUGUCAAGGAACGCUCAUUUAGUAAAGGAGCAUGUGUAGAUAAGCUGACAAACUGCGCACUAGCGGUACAGGCGCGUCUCUGCCACUACCACUAUUAUGGCGAUAAUUGCUGCCAUUCGUGCCACGGUCGGUAAACGGCAAAGUUGAUGGUACCAUUUGAAGGAAAGUAAAGAGCUACGACUCAUAGUAUUGUGAUACAAAUGGACAAAUUGUGACUACACAAAUACUAUAACGUACAUUUAAAUCUAUAAACACUUUCAAUAAUUCAAUUAAAAUUUAAUUAACUGCAUUGAAAGUAGCUUUGUAACUCAUAAAAAUUUUUAAAUAAGAAAUUUCACUAUUUUUUACGGCUAAUGAACUUUUAUUAAAUUGAAAAA